CUCUUACGCUGUGUGCGCCGUUAGGCAGCUAUCCUGCUCUCCUGCUCUCCGUAAACGAUGGCGGCGCUUCUACAGCAGGCGCUGGAGAGGACGGAGCUGAACAAGCUGCCCAAAGCGGUUCAGAACAAGCUAGAGAAGCUCCUCACGGAUCAGCAGGCGGAGCUGGACUCCCUCAAAUCCGGCCACGAGCGCUACAGGACGGACUGCGAACAACAGUUCUUCAACAUCGAAAAGAAACUGACUGAGACCCAGGAGCAGCUUGUGGCAAACAGUAAAGAGCACCAGACUGUGAAGGAGGAGAACAUCAAACUGACUGAAGAGCUUAAGAAGCUAAAAGAUACUGAAGAAGAGGAGAAAUCAACACAACAGAGUGAACCUUCAAAAGCCAAAUAUGAGCUUGAGGCAGAAAAUAAAGAGCUGUUGCGCUCCGUUGAGAAGAAAUCACAGGAGCUGGAAAACCUUAGCGAGGAUUUUAAACGCAUCAGCGACAAACUGGUGGAAACCAGUGCAGCGAGAAAUGAGCUCCAGCUAAAACUGGAUGAAAUCCAGUCAUCUGAGCUUUCCAUUCAGCAUCGUGAGAAACGAAUGGAGCAGGAAAAAGAGCUUCUCCAGAACCAGAACACGUGGCUGAACUCAGAGCUGAAGACCAAGACCGAUGAACUGUUCAGACUGACCAGAGACAGGGGCAAAGAGAUCCUGCAGAUUAAAUGCACUCUGGAGAGCAAGAAUGAAGAGGCCUCCAGGCUUCAGAAGGAAGUCACAGCACUGAAGAAAACCAGUGAGACCCUGCAGAAGAAGGCCGAGGACUUGCUGAACAAGCUGAAAGAGGAGAAGGACCAGCGCACCGCAAUGGAGGAGAAGUACCGCAACGAGCUGAACGCUAACCUCAGGCUCUGCACUUUAUACAAGAGCUCGGCUGCAGACGCAGAGGCCAAGAACACAGAACUCAGCAGAGCCGUGGAGGAGCUGAACAAGCUGCUGAAGGACUCGACAGAAGCAAACAAAACCACAGGAAAGAAGUUAUCAGAUGUGGAGAGCUCCCGAGGUAAGGUGGAGACCGAGCUGCAGGAGAAGAUCAAAAACCUGCAGAAGGAGUUGGAGGAAUCUAACAAACGCCUGGCAGAAUUUAAGCGGAGAGGAGUUCCAGCUCUCACUGAAGAGGAGCUGACCAACUUAUCUCCAACCGCAGCUGCAGUGGCUAAAAUCGUCAAACCUGGCAUGAAGCUUAUGGAGCUGUAUAAUGCCUUCGUGGAGUCUCAGGACCAGCUGCAGCUGUCCAAAUUGGAGAAUAAGCGUAUUAAUAAGGUUCUGGAUGAGAUCGUGCGGGAGGUGGAGACCAAAGCCCCCGGCCUGAAGAGACAGAAAGAAGAGUAUGAGAACAUGCAGAAGUCCAUGGGGAGCCUCUGUGCCAAGCUGGAGCUAGCCAUGAAGGAGAUCCACAAACUGCAGAAGGAGACAGACGAGGCCAAUAAGAGAGCCGCUGUGUCUGACCGAGCCAAUCAGAGGGCUGAGAAACAGAUAGCAGACAUGUCUCAGCAGGUGCGUGUGCUGCUGGUGGAGCUAGAGGAGGCACGGGGGAACCAGGUGGUGCGGGAGGACGUGAACUCUGCAGUGAGCAGCAGCUCAGAGGUUUUAGGUCCUCGGCAGGUUGCCUUCCGCAGUGUGGAGGAGCUUCAGCAGCAGAACCAGAACCUCCUGGCCCAGCUCAGAGAGAUGGAGGAGCAGCGGGAGAGGAGCGAGAACGAGGCCAAAUCUGCCAGGGAGAAAGAGUUGGAACAGAGUCUGGAAAAGGUGCAGAAGGAGCACGAGCUGCUGAAGGAGCAGAGGAACCAGCAGAAGCAGCUGGCUGACUCUGCCAUGAGGCAGAGAGACAUGUACCGCAUCCUGCUAGAAACUGCCGGGGUCAGCCUACCUCCACAGGGUACAGACAGCGGGACCCAACCUGCCACCCCCACCCGGCCUGGAAGUAUGCCCACCCGAUCCACUCCGGUCCGAGCUGCAGCAGCAGACUCGCUCCAGUCCACACAGGCUAAAGCAGCCUUUAAACAGCUGAACGAUGCGUUUAUGACUUAUAAGAAGGAGAAGGCAGAAAAUGAUAAACUACUGAAUGAGCAAAACGAGCGCCUGCAGCGGCAGCUCUCUGAAAUGAUGUCCCAGAAGGCCAAGCUCUCGUCUCAGCUGGACUUCGGCUCUAAAAGGUACGAGAUGCUGCAGGAGAACAUGAACGGGUACAGGCGGGAGAUCGACUAUCUGCGGGACAGAGUUCAGAAGCUGUCCGGUACGUCCCAGAGAUACGAGCAGAUCAUCCACACCAUGACGCAGGACCUGAGAGAAGCCAACGAGAAGCUUGCAGUAGCUGAGGUGCGCUGUGAGAACCUGCGUAAAGAGCGUGAUAUUCUGAAGCAGGCGGAGAGCCGACUGACCCAGGAGAAGGAGUCCAUCCUGGCUGAGCAGCGCAGCCAGAACCUGCUGCUUACCAACCUCAAGUCCAUCCAGCUGACGAUGGAGCGCACAGAGGCUGAUAGCAGACAGCGCUACAGCAGUCAGAUCACCACGCUGGAGAAGGAGGUCGCUCAGCUGAAGAAGAGGCUAGAGCAGGAGGUGGAGCAGAGACAUGCACUGGAACGCCGACAAGACGCUCAGUUGGUUGAAGCUAAGAAGCAGCUAGCAUCCCAGAAUACUGUACACCAGAAGACCAAGGAGCUGCUGAGGAGUGCAGAGCAGCAGGUCUCAGCUCUGAGACAGCAGCUCAACAAUGCUGAGAACCAGAGCAGCACGGGAAAACCAGCAGUGAAGGCUGCAGCUCCUGGGGUUCCUCAGCAGGAGGUGGAGGAGCUUCAGGCUCAGCUGAAGCAGCUGGAGGACCAGAACUCGGAGCUCAAGGAGCGUCUGAAGAGCACCACGACCAAUGUAGAGGAGUACAGGUCUAUGGUGCUCAGCCUGGAGGAUCAUAUCGGCAAGGAGAAACAGGUGGCUGAAGAGGCACGGGCCGUUAUUGAGAAUCAGCUGAAGGAGGCUCAGGAGCUGAACAAGCAGCUGGACGAGCGUCUGAGGGAGGCGGAGAAGGAGAAGCAGGAUCUGCAGGAGGAGAAGCUCAAAGCUGUGGAGAAUGUGGAGAAACAUGUGAAGGAGCUGAAGCGGAGUGUGACUGAUAUGCAGACGGAGCUGCAGGAAGCUCUGCAUAGAUCUGCGGCUGCUGUGACUCAGGAGCAGCGCGCUACACAGGACAGCCAGCAGCAGGCUAAGCUGGCCUCCGAGGCUCAGAGUAAGUAUGAGCGGGAGCUGAUGCUGCACGCUGCUGAUGUGGAGGCUCUGCAGGCGGCUAAGAAGCAGACCCAGCAGGCAGCGCAGAGCAUCAAAGAGCUGGAGGAGAAAGCUCAGAAAGCUACAGCUGAGCUCCAGCAGGGCCGAGCGGCCUGGCAGCAGCAGGAGAAGAGCCUGAAGGAGGAUCUGGUGAAGCUCCGGCAGCGUGUGAAUGAUCUGCAGAAGCAGAACAGCAUGCUGCACGAGCAGAUGGAGGGUCUGAACACUAAGAUGGCAGCUACAGUUCAGCAGCAGGCCGUCAGAGAGAGCAGCCUGAACAUAUCGCUUGAUGAGGACGGCAAAACUCACGAGCAGAUCCUGGAGAUUCUCAAGUAUGUACGUCGGGAGAAGGAGAUAGCUGAGGCUCAGUUUGAAGUUGCUCAGGUAGAAACUCAGCGCUACAAGCAGCGCAUGGAGCACCUGGAGAAAGAGAUAAAGGAGCUGCAGGACAGCCUGACAGCUGAGCGAGAGAAACUGCAGCUGACUGCGAAGAACAUGGCCCAGCAGGAGGAUAAGCUGAAGAGGCUGGAGAACGUAAACACUCUGACUGAGAGUAAUAAGAUGCUGAAGCAGGAAAAGAACAGGCUGGAGCAGGAGCUGCAGCAGAACCUGGCAAAGGUGCGUAAACUGGAGACGGACAUGAGACCUCUGCAGGAGAGCAAUGCUGAGCUCAGUGAGAAGAACGGGAUGCUGCAGGCUGAGAAGAGGCUGUUGGAGGACGACGUCAAGCGCUGGAAGAACCGUGCUCAGCAACUGGUGAGUCAGCAGAAGGACAGCGAUCAGGAGGAGAAUAAGAAGCUCCAGACUGAGAGAGAGUCUCACCUGAAACGAAUCCAGCAGCUGACCGAGGAGACCGCCAAACUGAAGAGCGAUCUGGCCAAGGCGAAUGCGUCAGCAUCCUCAGUACAGAGUCAGCUGCAGAACCUCAGAGAGAAUGUAGGAAAACUCACUACAGAAAGAGAUGGCCUGAAGAAGGAUCUGGAGACCAAAACUUCAGACAUCCAGGAGAAGCUCAAAACAAUCACUACCAUCAAGAAGAUUGGUCGUCGUUACAAAAUGCAGUACGAGGAGCUGAAGGCACAGCACGAUAAGAUGGUUGCUGAAGCUGCAGCUAAGCCUGCGCAGGUGGAUGAAGCGCAGCAGGAGGCGCUGCAGGCCUCAGAGAAGGAGAUCCAGAACCUGAAGACCUCUCUGACUCAGGCCCAGAGCAAAACCACAGAGCUGGAGGCUCAGGUGGAAAGCCAGCAGAAGGCGGUAACAGAGCGAGAGGCUGAAGUGAAGAGCCUGCAGGAGCAGCUGGCUCAGGUCCAGCCAGAGCUGACCCGUCUCAGAACAGAACUGCAGGAGAAGAGUUCUCAGGAGGAGCAGCUCAGACAACAGAUCACUGAUAAAGAGGAGAAGACCAAGAAAGCUUUCAUGGGAGCCAAACAGAAGAUCAACCAGCUCAACAGUGCGAAGGAGCAGCUGGCUAAAGAGAACGAGGAGCUGAAGCAGCAGCGUGAGGAGCUGGAGGUGAGGAUGAGUGCGCUGAAGUCUCAGUAUGAAGGGCGACUGAGCCGACAGGAGCGGGAGCUGAGGGAUCUGAGGGAGCAGCAGGAGAGACACGGAGAGCAGAGAGACGAGCCUGUGGAGCAGGGCACCAGCAAGAAUCAGGAGCAGCAGAGACCCUCUGAAAGCAGGCAGAUCACCCUGAAGCCCACCCCUGCUACUGACAGAGGAAGUGCCAGUUCUACUGAGCCUCCUACAGCCAAUAUCAAGCCCACUCCUGUAACCGGAGCUGCCAGCAAGCAACCACCCAGCAGCAAGUCCACCCCCAGAGCCAGCAUCCGCCCAAUGAUCACUCCAGCUACUGUUACUACACCCACGCCCACUGCCACGGUCAUGCCCACUGCACAGGCGGAAACACAGGAAGCUCUGCAGCCGAGUGAAGCUCUUGUGGAGCAUGUGACGGUGUUUGGCAGCGGCUCGGUGCGCUCCACCAGCCCGAACGUUCAGAGCACUCAGUCCAUCCUCACCGUGCAGCAGAGCCAGGCCACCGCCUUCGUCCAGCCCACUCAGCAGCAGGCCAGCCAGGAGCCCUCCGCACCCACCAUGAUGGAGGCGGUGCACAGCUCUCAGAUGGAGAGACCCUCCACCUCCACCGCUGUCUUCGGCACAGUGUCUGCGAGUACAAGUUCGUCUCUGCAGAAGCGCAUUAGAGAGGAGGAGCUGGAGAGCUCCAGUGAUGUGACGGACAGCACACAGGAGGAUCUGACCGAGCCAGUGCCCAAGAAGAUCCGGUUCGUCCAGAGAACUGUGCUGGAGGAGGAUGUUGUUGCUGAGGAGAGUAAUGAUGCAGAAGCUGAAGCUCCUGGAGAUGUCCUGGAAGUACCAGAUAAUAGCGAGGAGGCCUUCCCUGUAGUGGGUGAAGUUCUGGAGGAGCCUCUCUCUCAGUCGGUUCCUGUGGAUCAGGUGAGCGAGUCCCAGCAGCCCUCUGAGUCUCAACUCAGCACACAAGACUCAUCGGAUGAACGCAGACAAGACAUCGUCAUCAUCGAACUUGACACUGACAGUGAAGAAGAUGAGGAGGAGGCUGAAGAGGAGGCUGGACAGUAUGGUGAGGAAGAGGAUGAGGAUGAUGAAGAUGGGGAUGGAGCGAUGGCAGAGGAAGGAGAGGAGAGUAAUGAGGGCAGUGCAGAUGUCAAUGAGCCGUUUGAGGGAGAUGACACAGAGGCAGCUGAGGCCACUGACCCAGGCACUGAAAACGAGGAGAGUCAGGGAGCGUCAGACUCCAUCCAGAAACAGGCUGAUUCUCAGAGCAGUGGUGAAGCUGCUGUAAGCACCAUGGAGCCGUGUCCUGCCACUGAGCCUGUCCGGGAGCUGCAGGUGACCCCCAGCACAUCCAGUACUACGACAGCAAGCCUCGGCCCACGCCUGCCACAGUCCCCCCGCAGACUGCACCACACCCCCCCACCCCGCCUCAACAUACACCCCAUCCCUGAGCUCGGACCUCCGCUCAUACAGAGGCAGACAGGCCAGGCCAGACGAUCGUCUAUGAGCCGAGCACCACAACUCACACCUGGAAUCGGGAGCAUGCAACACUUUUUUGAUGAUGAUGACAGGAUGGUUCCCAGCACCCCGACUCUAGUAGUACCACACCGCACCGACGGCUUUGCUGAGGCAAUUCAUUCUCCUCAGGUUGCUGGUGUCCCCAGGUUUCGUUUCGGCCCCCCUGAGGACAUGAUUCCCCCGACCAGCUCCUCUCACUCUGACCUGGGUCAGCUGGCUUCUCAGGGUGGCUUGGGCAUGUACGAGAGUCCGCUGUUCCUGGCUGCUCAUGAUGAAGAGUCUGGAGGCAGGAGUGUUCCCACUACCCCUCUGCAGGUGGCAGCACCAGUGACCGUAUUCACAGAGACGCAGCCCUCUGAGCCGGCCUCUCAGUCCGUCCCCAUGGUCAGCACCUCCACUGCAGGCCUGACUGUGCCGGGGGAGGCUGUUCCUGGAGACGAUGGUGAUGAUGUUUUUAUGCCGGAAGCAGAAAGUGAAGGCAGGACCAGUGGAGAGGCAUCACUAGAGAGCCAUUCUGAAAUGGACUCGGCUCAGCCUUCUGACGACGCCACCCUGCCCUCUACCAGCCAAGAACCAACUUCCAGCUCUGCUCCUGACACAAGCAGCAGCAGCAGUAGCACUCAGCAGCCCAGACCCACAGAGAGGGUCCCAACCCAGCCACAGCUUCCCCGCCGAGGACCAUUCUUCAGGGGAGGCUUUCCUCGGAGAGGACGAGGUCUGAACAGAAGAUUCCAAUCUUAAAGAAAAACUGCGCUGAUAUAUUUUUAGUUUUUAAUAAUGAAUUUGCUCUGGAUGUGCUUUACUGCCAUGCUGAUGAAUUUAUUUUUGCUAUUUUGUACUUUGUGAAUAGUGACCCUGAAGCUGUUCAGUGUUUUUGCUAAUAAAUGAUGACCUGCA